GGUAUGAUGUUAUCUCUGCCUCUGAUACUAAAUAUAUAGUCAGCAGUCCAACCAGCAGCCCUGAGACAUACACAGUUCAUACCAAAGCAACAUGUAUGCUGUCGUGUUGGAAAACAUUUUCUUGUUAGUGCUGGUCACUCUCCUCAGCGUGGUCCAGAAUGUAUUCUUCGCACUGAAGGUUGAGAAAGAGUGUAAAGCCAAUCAAUCUAAACUUCAUUCUGCAACUUUUGAGCGCUUGUCCUGUGCCAAUCGAAACUGCAUGGAUACUUACCCCACAUUCCUGGCAGUACUGUGGUGCGCUGGUAUCUGCCUCAGUCAAGCUCCGGCUGCCUUUGCUGGUAUUAUUUAUCUAGUGGUCCGACAGAAGUACUUUGUGGGCUACUUGGGGCAAAGUUGCCAGAGCAUACCUGGCUUCCUGUUUGGGAAACGUAUCCUCUUUUUUCUGUCACUCAUGUGUAUUGUGGGAAUCAUAAAUUACCUGCUGCUCUCCUAUGGUAGCAGUGACUACAAAGACUACAUUCAGACCAUCACCAAAGCAGCAUCAACCCUCCUGCUCUUGCCAUGAGCUGUGACAACCCUUGAGCUAUAAUAGUAAAUGUGAAGACAUUGGUCUUCGGUUUAUGGUUUGUUAGUUAGUCGGAGGAUGUUGCAGAAAAAGUGUGAAGCGUUUUCAGUGAUGUUAACAAAAUGAUAUGUACGUGUUACAAACCUUAACAAACGAACAUCCAAGGAUAUAAAAAGGUUAUUACUAUUACUGUCCCAAUGUAAAAAGUUAUUUGAAAAAAUGUUUUAGAGUGAAUGGAGCACAUUUGCAUUGUAUGGCAUAUGGGAAAGCCUUAAAGGGAUAGUUCAGCCAAAGAUUUGACUUUUUUUCUUCUGUAGAACACAAAAGUAAAUGUUCAGCAGAAUGUUACUCUCAGUCACCAUAAUUUCAUUGUAUGGAAAAAAGAUGCAAUAUAAGUGAAUGGUGACUGAGACUGACAUUCUGCCUGUCAUCUCCUAUUGUGUUCCAUGGAAAAAAGAAAGUCAUACAGAUUUGGAAUAACAUAAGGGUGAGUGAUGACAGAAUUGUCAUUUUUGGGCAAACUAUCUCUUUAAUAGUUUAAAAUAGUUUUGUAACUCUUGUGAGUUGUGAUUAUUAGUUUAUAAUUAGGGAUUUUACAGAAUUGACUCUUGUGCUCCAACAUAAUUAUAAUUAAGAUUAAAUUCCUAUCAUCUCAA